AUGUUCUCCGAGUAUGCAUCCAAGUUCCUCUCCCAGUCUCAGUCGCGGCUGUCACUGGGCCAGCCCGAGUCGACUUCAAGCCGCAACGCCCCCGACAGGCAACGUCCGUCCUCGCGAGCCGCCCAAGCUUACCUCCAGCGUCGCAACAUGCCCAACCCAUACAACUCGCAGGCCAUGAGCCGCUUCGCCUUCGCUUCACGCACAUCCAACGCGCCCGCCCCGCUCUUCUACUCUGCAACCGAUGACUUCCGCGAGGAGGACGACCAUGUUGAGCACGACCGCGAGAUGGCCGACCACUACGCGCUACAACGAUCACGGCGGCAAUUUGGCGCAAGCAACCUUUCUGAAUCGUCCGAAGUCGAAGAUGACCCCCAACGAUCGGACCAUACUAUAGGCGCGGACAGGGACGACAAUGAAGCGCCCGGGUACGGUCUCGGAAGAGGGAUUAAGAGCUCCUGGAAGGGCGACAAGCCAGCACGCGGAAGAUCAACCACCAUCAACAACCCCGAAGAUGGAGAACGUGAGUCAAGUAUACCGCUCUCCGAGACUACGGACCGCAGCAGUAGAGGAAGGGGCAAUCUCGUCGAUGUGGAGCUCGAUUCUACAGAUCGAGGCAGCAUAGAAGAGCUGGACCGAGACGAGCUCUUGGGUCAUCAGGACGAGCCACCACCACCGUUUCAACAGUUUCGCAACAUGCCGAGGCCGAAACGCGGUCGCAGUCCACUACGGAAUACCCUACCGAUACCACAGGAAACCGAUGAGGAUACCUUGCUACAACAUCCACGGCCGAUAAGCCCAGAUCGCCAGACCGUGCCCGAUGUUGUACCAGAGAACCCAACGUCAGCACCACGACAUAACUUUUUCUGGGCUGAGCUGUUCAUAAUCGUGCAGUGUGCCAUCCUCGGCACUUGGUUCAUCUCUCUGCUACAAGAGUCGCCUCCAAACAAGAAGAAUCCGUUGGGCGACACGAUAUAUACCGUCCUACAUUCGUCUUUUCACCUCAUCGCAGUAUACUCGUUGGUCUCGGUCAUAGUCGGAGUCCUAUGGCUCUCGCUACUUCGGUCCUUCGCUCGGCCUCUGGUGCAACUGAUGCUAUUGGCAAUACCCGUCGUAUCGAUUUCCUUCUUUUUCUACCCUUUUGUGUCAAGCUUCAAAGGGUCAUGGCAUGGUGAUAGCGUGCAAGAUCGGCUGAUGCGUUGGCUCUCGUUUGGACCUCUAUGCUUCGCGGGAUUCUGGGUGUAUACCGUUUUCAAGGCGCGACAUUCCUUAGACAAAGCCACCGGCAUGCUGGAAUUCUCGAGUGAAAUCCUGAGAGCGCAGUUUCCAUUGCUGCUCGUGGGUAUUGCGGCAUUGGCUGCUGUGAUCCUAUGGUCUUGGAUCUGGAUUCUCAUGUUCACACGUCUGUUCCUGGGCGGCCACUUUGCUAGCAACAAAUCCCGGUGGAUCAUCGACACCAGCACGUGGUGGCUGGGAAUUGCGUUCUUUCUGGAUUAUUUCUGGACGUUGGCAGUCAUUUCGGGUGUACAACGUGCUACAACAGCAGCUACAGUAUCUCAGUGGUACUUCCAUCGCAACAGCGUCCCCGUACCUGCUGCGAGAACGGUAGUACAAGCCUCUCUCAGCCAUGCGACAUACACCAUGGCUGGGACGAUCUGCAUGUCCACGCUUAUUUCACUCAUGGUUCGCCUACCACUUAUCGUUCUCCCCAGGCGACUCGCGGGCAUGAUCGGCAUGUGCGCAUAUUCUAUCGUACCAACACCCAUCGCGGCGCUGACGAAUCCACUCACUCUGACCUUCGCAUCCAUUCACGGUCUACCUCUCAAUCAAGCCGCGCGAGGCUUAUCGCAGUUGAACUUCAUUUCCGCCGCGUCGCCAACUACGACUCUCGGCCCAAGCUCGUUCAAAGAUCAUGGGCGACCGUCUAUACAGUCAUACCGUCUUGCAAAGCUCCUUCUGCACGCUAUUCGCUGGGUGAUAACAUUGUCUCUCGGGUUUGGAGGCUGGGUUUCUACUGCACGCAUGCUCCAGAUUAGCAACGACACGGUACCAUACAAGGGCAGUCUAUACGCAUAUGUCGUCGGCAUCAUCAGCGCAGCGAUUGGUUGGGGCGCUCUAGGUGCCAUGGAAGGAGUCCUUGGGAAUAUCUUAGAUGCAGUACUCGUUUGCUGGGGAAGUGAAGUAGGAAGAGACGGACAAGGAGAGGCUCGGUAUUGUGUUGACGCCGGUCGGCUGUUCGGCAAUGAAGUCACUGGGCAAGGGCGAGGAAGAUAUGAAGUUUAG